GGAACGUUCAUCUAAUUGAAAUGCAGUUCAUCGCCAAGAUCACCACUAUAAAAGCACUUGCUUCUCACCUCAUCUCCUCCAGUUAGGCUAGUUGCCUUCUCUUCCUAGCAACCUUCAAUUAUCUUUGUCCUUUGAGUAGUUCACCGCGUCUUAUAUGAGUUGGUAGAGUUCCUGCACUGCAUUAAUUCUACAUGACAGUAGGGAGUGCAUAGUUACUUUCAGUCGUAAAGCCGUUCACUAUUUCCACAGAAGUGGUACAAGAGUGGGUAACCAGGAUCAGUCUUCACCAGUCCAAGUUAUGGAUGAGAGAGCUGAUAAGGACAAGUCAGAUGAAGUCCUUCCUGGUUUUCGGUUCCAUCCUACAGAUGAAGAGCUCGUCGGCUUCUAUCUCAAGCGAAAAAUUCAGCAAAAACCUCUGUCCAUAGAGCUCAUCAGGCAGUUGGACCUCUACAAGUAUGAUCCAUGGGAUCUCCCAAAGCUUGCAAGCACCGGGGAGAAAGAAUUGUACUUUUACUGCCCAAGGGACCGGAAGUAUAGGAACAGUGCUAGACCAAAUAGAGUCACAGGAGCUGGAUUCUGGAAAGCAACAGGAACAGAUAGGCCCAUAUACUCUUCCGAAGGAACCAAGUGCAUAGGCCUGAAGAAGUCUCUUGUCUUUUAUAAAGGGAGAGCAGCAAAAGGGAUCAAGACAGAUUGGAUGAUGCAUGAGUACAGGAUGCCUUCACUCAAUGAUCCCUCACUUCCCAAAACACCAAAAGACAAAAAUAUUCCAGCCAAUGAUUCAUGGGCUAUUUGCAGGAUAUUUAAAAAGCCUAGCUCUGUGGCACAAAGGGUGUUGUCUCACUCCUGGGGUCCUCAAUCAAUUGCAAUGACAGAGCCAGAGCUGCUAUCUGCUUUGCAGUCCAUACAAGCCUCCCAUUUUGCUUUGGAAAGCUCCUCUUGCUCACCAAAUCAAUACAACAGCCAACAUUGUUUGCAGGGACGGCAGCAGCAGAAGCUUAACAGUUCACAAGAUGGCUCGUCAUGUAGAAUCAUUAACUUCAACCACAGCCCAUCUUCACCUCAACUGUCAGAGAAAGACAUCCAUAGCAGUACGAUCAUCUUGCCAUUUGAAACACAAUCACCCCAGAAAUCAUCAGCCGUCACAUCCGUGCUUCUAAGUAUGGCCCCUGGAAUACUCAAUAGCAUGAAUGAAGCUUUGCCAAACACAGAGAUGGAACAGCUUGAACCAUCCUAUGGAUACACAGCUGAUUGGGGUAUAGACACAAAUGGAGGUGUUGGAAAUAAAGAUGAUGACCCAUAUUCAAGAAAACCUAGUAAUGGAUUCAGUUCAGGCAUUGAGUGUGGAAGUCAACGAAAAAUAAAAUUUCCAUUUGAUUUAGAGGUGGAUUCUCCAGAUGAUUGGACCAGCAGCAUGCCAUGUGAUUCUCUCCCUUGCCCUCCACCUCCCACAGAAAUGUCGAAUAGCAGCUCCACUGAAAAAUAUUAUGCAUAAUUAGAUUUAUAGCACCAAGAGCUAUCUUCAUCUGUUAGCAAAAGACCAACCCUUGUACAUUUUCACUUAUUGUUAUAACUUUAUGUCGUGGUGUGGCAAACCACAGCCGGGUGGCGGAAUGCACCCGCCUAAGCCCAGAGGGAGAGUACUCGGGGGUUAGCUAGGACUAGUUCGAUCUCCUGGAAGAACACGAUGAACACAGCUAGUUUAGAGUGGUUCGGGCCGCCGGAGCGUAAUACCUUACGUCCACUGUGUGCUGUAUUGCUUGAGUC